UGGCCCCCCAGAGAGGCGAUGGCCGACGACCUGGACUUCGAGACGGGGGACGCGGGCGCCUCGGCCACGUUCCCCAUGCAGUGCUCGGCGCUGCGCAAGAACGGCUUCGUGGUGCUCAAGGGGCGCCCCUGCAAGAUCGUGGAGAUGUCCACCUCCAAGACGGGCAAGCACGGCCACGCCAAGGUCCAUUUGGUUGGUAUUGAUAUCUUCACUGGUAAAAAAUAUGAAGAUAUUUGCCCAUCAACUCAUAACAUGGAUGUUCCAAAUAUCAAGAGGAAUGAUUACCAGCUGAUAGGCAUACAGGAUGGAUAUCUCUCCCUGCUGACUGAAAGUGGUGAAGUUCGUGAGGAUCUAAAGUUGCCAGAAGGGGAUCUUGGGAAAGAAAUAGAAGGAAAAUUCAAUGCCAAUGAAGAUGUGCAGAUAUCUGUCAUAAGUGCAAUGAAUGAAGAAUGUGCUGUAGCCAUAAAGCCUUGCAAGUAAAGAAGAUAGCCGGGCUCGGGCAACUGCUCAGGUCUGGACAAACCACAGAUCUAUAAAUUUGGUCCUUAUUGUCACCAAAGCUCUGGCCUUCACAAGCAACCUCAUUUCCUUUUUGAAUUGUUAAAAAGCAGUGCUGGAUUCUGGAUUAGUGUUGCAGGCUAACUGGCAGUUUUCAAAAUCACUGAGAUUUUAAUUCCUUAAUUGUAACUAUUUUAACAUUCCUGUGGGUUUCAGCUAUGGAUUUAAGAAACCAAUCAGGUGUUACUAGUGGAUAUAUUUUUAUUUGCUUGAGCAAAACAGUGUUUGUCUGUAUGAACAGACAAAAUACAGUAUUCAGGGGCUUUUAGAUAAGCUGGUAGGUAUCUAGGAUUAUAAAGUGACCUAGAGCACAAAUAGUAUUUUUUUUGACAUCUUUAGGUAGAACUGACAAUAAAAGUAGCUUUUUUUUUUUU